UAUGCCGAUGUCUUCACAUUUCCGACUGCCCCUGAAGAGUAUACCUCCAUCAGGACCCUGUGUUGACUCGCCCCCUCAACUUUCUUUUUGUUCCUCCUGGAGGUUGAAUCCCUCGCUAACCACCGUAAGACCAACAAAGAGAAGAAAACCGUAUACGCCACAAUUACAAAACUAAAAGUAACGUGAAGUUACUUAGUUAGUAAGCCAUGAAGUUGUCUAUAAUGCGUAGUGCUUGUGGCAGCCUUCGGAUACAUUCAGCCUGUCCAGGCAGCAGGGUCAGCGGCUUGACACGGAGAUGCCUACCGGUUGGUCCUGCCAACAACCGUUUGAUCCUCCGGACAGCAAGCGCUAGCAGCGGCGGUACCAGCAACAAAUUAGCCGUCAGCUUUGGAAAACAGUCUCAAAAUGGUGAUGGGUUUGACUGCGACAGUUCUUUGAGGGAAGUGGUUCAAAGCACCAAGGAGGCAAUGUUGGCACUGCAGGGAAGAAAUCCAGUAGUCCAACCAUUGUUAGUCAUUAUACAGGCAGGUGAAGAUGACCAAUUGUUGGAGAUCAAUAAGAAAAUGGCAGGAAGGAUUGGCUUAAACAUCACCCAGAUUUGUCUGGCAAAGGAAUGCAGUGAAGAUGAAAUUGUAGAGGAGGUGUUGAAGCUGAAUGAAGACCCCAGGGUGCACGGAGUCUACCUCCACCUCCCCCCUGCCUACAUCACCAGUCGAGUGUUGAACACAAUCAAACCUGAGAAGGAUGUAGACGGGAUAUCCGAUUUGAAUAUGGGCCGUCUGGUACGAGGACACCUAAGCAAAGGCUUUGUGCCACCCAUAGCCAGCGCUGUGCUGGAUCUGCUGGAGAAACAUGAUUCUGCUUUGGAAGGGAAAACUGUGUUGCUUGUUGGAGGAGAAGGACCCCUUGGGGUGUCCCUGCAGUGCCUGAUUGAAAGAAGUGGAAUGGUAGCUCUCAAGGGUCAGUGGAGCUCAAAAAGCCUACGGAGACAGGCGAUGCAGGCUGAUGCUGUGGUCCUGUUAGGGGCAGGGAACAUGGAUCUUCCCCCCACCUGGGUUAGACCAGGGGCUGCUGUCAUCCGCUGUGAGCCCACACUGGAGACAGAUGAACAUGCCGUUGAGAUGUCCUCAAAGUCUGGGUUAGGAUAUCUCACAGCAGCUUACAGAUCACAGAAUGUGGUGGGUAGUUGCAGUCGGUGGCUCCAGGAGCAGCAGUACCGACCCUGGCAUCUGCACAGCCUCAAACUGCAGCCCCUGACCCCUGUACCAAGUGACAUAGAGAUUUCCAGAGCUCAGACACCCAAGCCAGUGGACCAGCUGGCUGAGGAGAUUGGUUUGCUGCCAGAGGAGCUUGAAGCCUAUGGCAGGAGCAAAGCUAAGGUCCGACUCUCCUUGUUGGACCGCCUCCACAAACAGCCGGAUGGGAAAUAUGUACUGGUUGCUGGUAUAACUCCCACCCCACUGGGUGAAGGUAAAAGCACGGUGACCAUCGGCCUAGUCCAGGCCCUGUCUGCCCACCUUAAGCUCAACUCCUUCGCCUGUCUCCGACAGCCUUCCCAGGGACCCACCUUUGGGGUUAAAGGGGGAGCUGCAGGAGGGGGAUAUGCCCAGGUCAUCCCUAUGGAGGAGGUAAAUUUUUUCCCCACUGGUGACAUUCAUGCCAUUACAGCAGCCAACAACCUGGUGGCAGCAGCCAUCGAUGCCAGAAUGCUCCACGAGGCGACUCAAUCAGACAAGGCCCUGUUCAAUAGACUGGUCCCUUCAGUGAAUGGAGUCCGAAGAUUUUCACCCAUCCAAAUCUCCAGGCUACGUCGUUUAGGGAUCAAUAAAAUAGAUCCUGCAUCUCUCACACCGCAGGAAGUCAGCACCUUUGUUCGUCUUGACCUGGACCCCUCCAAGAUCACCUGGCAGAGAGUUGUUGACACAAAUGACCGUUUCUUGAGGAAGAUCACAGUAGGACAGGCGAGCACUGAAAAAGGACAGAUCAGAGAGACUGGGUUCGACAUUGCAGUGGCCAGCGAGAUCAUGGCCAUCCUGGCCCUGGCAGACAGCCUGGUGGACAUGAAAAACAGACUGGCGCGCAUGGUGGUGGGGACCAGCCGCUCUGGACAGCCUGUCACCGCAGAGGACCUGGGUGUGAGUGGGGCACUGGCGGUGUUAAUGAAAGAUGCCAUCAAGCCCACGUUGAUGCAGACCCUAGAGGGUACGCCAGUGUUUGUCCAUGCUGGGCCCUUUGCCAACAUCGCCCAUGGCAACUCCUCGGUGCUGGCUGACAAGCUGGCUUUAAAGUUGGUUGGACGUGACGGCUUUGUGGUGACAGAAGCUGGUUUUGGUGCAGACAUCGGCAUGGAGAAGUUCUUCAACAUCAAAUGUCGGGCUUCAGGGCUGAGGCCAAAUGUGGUGGUGCUAGUUGGAACUGUCAGAGCGUUAAAGAUGCACGGCGGUGGCCCAAAUGUGUCGGCAGGCGCACCUCUUCCCAAAGAGUACAUUGAUGAGAAUCUGAGUCUUGUUGCAGGGGGUUGCCAUAGCAAUCUCAGGAAGCAGAUCCAAAUAGCACAGCUGUUCGGGGUACCAGUUGUGGUGGCACUCAAUGUCUUCAAGACAGACACCCAGGCGGAGAUUGACCUUGUGUGUCAGAUAGCAAAAGAGUGUGGAGCAUCUGAUGCUGUGCCAUGUCACCACUGGGCCCAGGGCGGCCGGGGUUCAUUAGAGCUGGCCCAAGCUGUGAAUGAGGCUGCCAGCAGACCCAGCCACUUCAAGUUCCUGUACAACAUAGAGAUGCCGAUAGUGGAGAAGAUCAGAACAAUCGCCCAACAAGUGUAUGGAGCUGAUGACAUUGAGCUGUCUCCAGAGGCCAAGGCCAAGAUAGAUUACUACAAUCAACAGGGCUAUGGUUCAUUACCCAUCUGCAUGGCCAAGACUCACCUGUCCCUGUCCCACAUGCCUGACAAGAAGGGUGUACCCACUGGAUUCGUUUUGCCAAUCCGAGAUGUUCGUGCUAGCAUUGGGGCUGGUUUCAUCUUCCCACUUGUGGGAACGAUGAGCACCAUGCCUGGCCUGCCAACCCGACCCUGUUUCUAUGACAUUGACCUGGACCCGGUCACAGAGGAGAUCACUGGGCUCUUCUGAGCAUGCUUCAAUAAAUGCUAUUCUCACAGGCUUCCUGUUCUGUUCUCAGGAUCCUCAACUUCUCGUGUGCACCAUCAGACGCAUCCAUCCCCUGCAUCUUUGACAGGAAAUUCUUUCUUACUUCCCAGGAGCCCAAACUCUCUCCACCUCACAUUAACAUGCUCUGGGGGAAAAAAAAGAUUACUGGAGAAUUAGCUCAAUGCUGUAUUUGCACAUCUGUGCGAUAUGCCAAAGAUGACCUUCUACAGCCAUAUCGUCUAUAUCAUAUAAGCAGUAUGUUUAUGCUUUUGACCUCUCUGUAUAAUGUUUUCUGAGUAUGUAAGAGUUAGUUUUAAAACCAUCUUGAGUUUUAUGUUGUUUACAUCAACUUUUAAUUUCCUUUUUUGUGUGAAAAGGUCAGUCACAUGUCUUAAAACAGAGCUACAUUUUUUUUAUACAUGUCUUAAGCUUUUAAACUGAAAUGGGCAGAGCUUGUGUAUUUAACUGAAUUGCUGUUGUACGCACAAAAAGCCAUUAUGGUGUUCAUGUAAGCUCUAAAUGUCCUAACCUGCUGGAUGCUGCUGAAUGUCCAAACUGCUGGAGUGAAAAGUUAGAAUCAUCAGUUUAAAGACACUUUUGAGAUAUUGUUCAAGUAUUAACUAUUAUAUGUUGAGAAAGCUCAAAUUGAAAUUGUUGUAGCAGAGGUGAUGCAUCCUGAUACAUUUUAACAUGAGUUUAGUUUGACUUUUUUGUAUGUUGCACUUCAGAAGUAUCACAUCUGUUUGUUUGUUUUUUGAAUCUUACUUUAAUAGCCUUUAACAGCUCAUUCCAUGUAUGGCAUUUGCUGUGUGAAAUAGCGCUUCUGCUAUUUUCUCUGAAGGUUUCAGAAACAUUUACAAUUACUUUAUAAUGUUGGUGAAGGUGGUCUGAAUUUCUCUAUAGAACUUUAUUUUACAUUUCAUGCUCAGGUUGGGGUUUGCAUUCACACAGCUGAAACUUACAUUGUCAGCUGCUGGCCAACUUGUAAUCUUGUUUUAAUUAGCAAUGUGAUUAACAUCCAGUGUUUUUGUUUCCUGACCACAUCUCAAAGAAAUGAAAAUUGGUGUGGUUCUCAUUUACAACAGUAUGUUAAACAUUUGGUUCUCAAACGUGAGUGCCUUUCAAAUAAACCUUUUAUUUACUCCAAAA